UUCACGGGGGGCACCGAGUCCACGAAUCCGCAGAGCUCCAGGAUUUUCGUGUGAAGAGCAGCUCCAGCUGAAGGAAACAGUGGAGACGCAGAACCCGCAGCCGCGACACGGUAUCUCCGGGCCCGCGCUCCUCCAGCUCCUCCCGCCGAACAUCGCUCGCGCUCUACGGUCGACGCUGCAGCGGUGGAGGGAGAUGCAGCCUCAGCGGCCGCUGCCCCAGGCCAUGCCCUCCUCACUGGGCCGGAACCUCAGAGACGCGGCCCUCAGGAUGGGCACCGGGAAGAGACUGCUGGGGGGAAAUGUGGCUUAUGGGGUCAUCCAGUCGCUGAAAGAGUGCCUGUACUUCCUGCUCUGCUGCUGGUGUAUUAAAGAGAUCCUGGACUGAUGGAGAACUCUCACAGAGCCAUUGAGCCAGUGGAUGAUUCAUCACAGAGAUGUGUUGAUGCUUCGGCCUGAAUCCAGAUCUUUUCACGCAUGCAUAAACACACAUGCUUCAUUA